GCCAUAUUUACCAGACUACUUGAAUUAAACAUACUGUACUGAUACUAAGGAUUAAAUAAAGCGAACCUUUUGGAUUUUCAAAAUAUCAAAAUAUUCGGAUUGAAAAAUUCCAACAUGGCUGAAAGUCAGCAGGAAUCCGUUGAAGAUACAAAUACUGGUAAAUGUCAAAUUUGCCUAAAAACAUUUAAAGAAUUAAAAAUACUAAAGUGCAAACACAGCUUCUGCAUUUGUUGCCUUCACAACUGGUUGAAAGAAAAGGGUGAACUGGAAUGCCCAAGCUGUCGCCAAAUCCAUUCUGUUCCUGAUGGUGGACUUCAAGAACUACCAUCAAAUACCAUUGAAGCGGAAACAUCAGAAAACCUGAUUAGAGAUCACAACAACAUCAAGUGCUGUUGUGGUAAAUGCAAUGCAGACUUCUACUGUGAGGAUUGUAACCAGUAUUUGUGUACUUCUUGCAAAACUACUCAUGAAUUAUUUCCUGCACUCAAGAACCAUACACUACAGCCAAUCAAUGCUAUGCUACUUUCCACAGAAGCAAUGCACCAGCCAAUGUGUCCACAGCAUGAGAAAGAGUUGGAAUAUUAUUGCAAAGUUUGUAAAACUCCAAUUUGUCAAAAGUGUGCUAAUAUUGAGCACACUGAAGAUGAUGGACAACAUGAAACAAUCAGAGCAUCUCAUGCAUUCUCAGGUUUAAGAAUAUCAUCAAAUGCUUUGAUGAUUCAGGUGGAAGUCCAUAAACAACAGGCUCAAGAAGUAAUAAGCAAAUGUAUGGACAAUGCCUCUGAGCUUAGUAAGAGGAGAAAUGAUAUUAUAAAAGACAUUAACACCACUGUAGAAGAAAUGGUUAAAUUAGUCAGUGAAACAGGUAAAGCAUUGGAAGAUAAGUUAAAAGAUGUCUGUGAAGCAAAGGACGAGAAAAAUAACUCCCAAAUUGAUGAACUCAAAUCAACUAUAUCAGAUGUUGAAGAAAAACAAGAUUGCAUCACAAAAUUAUUGAAAAGUGGUAAAGUAACAACCCUCCAUACAUGCCAACAGGCAAUACAAGAACUGCAACAAAAGAUUGCUGUCUUACCAGAAAGACAACCUAGAGAUGAUGGCAAGAUAUUUUUUUCUUCAAGAACAGAUCAAAUAGUGAGUUCUUUCAAGGAAAAUGGAAUAGGUACAGUUAGUGAAAAGCCAAAUGCAAAUAUCUUUGAAAUUGUAUCUGCAAAUCCAGUGAGAUGUUAUGGAAGUUUUUAUGUUGAAAUUGCUCAAAGACAUAAAUGUGAAAUAGAUAUAAAUGACCUGAGUGCAGUACACCUAUUAAAAAAGCCAAUAGAAAUGGAUUAUACAUACAAGGCAGAAAUUGUAAAAUCUCAGGGGAAAUAUUUUUUGAAAGGGUCCUCAAUGAAAGAUUUGACAUUGGAUGUCAAGCUUUGUGAUUCUCCAAUAAAAGGAUCUCCAAUACAAAUACAAAUUAUAAAACAUUCCAGGUAUUCAUACAGUGCUGCAACUGUUUAUCUAGCUAAAGAUAUUAUGGGUUGUAGCAGUAUAAAAGAUUUAGUGAUGUCUGAAAAUGGUUGGUUUUUAGUUGUGUGUAACUCAAAUUAUGUCUUAAAAUUUGAAAAAUCUGGAGCCUUAUUAAGUACAAUAACAUUACCAGAAGUUUCAAAGGUUAAUCAAAUAUGCAAAUUGAGAAACAAUAACCUGAUGUUUUAUGACUACGGUAAACAAAACAUACAGAUUUGCAAACAAGAUGGUCAAGUAAUCAAAUCAAUAAAUUUAGAGUCACCAAAAAGGAAUUGUUUAUCACUUGGUAUUGACAUGAAUGAAAACUUAAACUUAGUGUAUGUCGCUAAUCAAACUGCAAAUUGUGUGCAGGUAUACAGCUUAGAAAGUCUUCUUAAGGUGUCAUCCAUUGGAUCUAAGGGUGGUCUUGAAGGACAAAUGAAUAGACCUUCUGAUGUUGCUGUCACAAAAGAAGGAAAUCUUAUUGUGUCUGAAAGAGACAAUCACAGACUGCAACUAUUUGAUAUUGAUGGUCAAUUCAUCAAAAUUCUUAUUGGUGGAGGAGAUAAAGAUGGUAUGGUGAUAAGACCAACCAGAGUAAGUGUUGAUGAUGAGGACAACAUUAUUGUAGCAAGUGAAAGCAAAGUGCAGUUAUUUGACAAUCAUGGCAAUUUCAUUAAAGUGAUUCAUCAAAUUAUUAAUGAAAAAAAACAAUUUGCAAUUUCAAUUGUCUCUCACUUCCCCCGAAAAAUCGCAUUAGCAGAAAUAGAUUCACUUACGAUCAGUGUACAUCAAUACUAAGAGACAAAAUUCAACAUUGUGAAGAUUAGAUUACUGUAAAUUAUCAGGGAACUGUACUGGAAAGUAUUAAAUACUGUGUUAUUGUGUUUUUGAGGCAUUUAAAUUAUUGGGUCCCUAUUCAUUAUUUUUCCCUUACAACUAUUCUCUUAGCAUACAGACCUAUUCACAACCAACCUUGAGCAAUUUUGCAAAAUGUAGCAUUUGAAAAUGAACUAAAAAGAAAAUAAAUUGAUGCUGUUUAAGAUAGUGUGAAACAAAAAGUAAUACAAGCCAUAUAUUCUUAUCAAAGAUACCUACAUGAACAAUGACAAUUCUUUUGAAACUUUUAAUCAUAAUGGCUUUUAUCACAAUCUGUUCUUUGUUUUACUGAUGUUUCUAUGUAUAGUUUGUGUUAGGCAUUAGGUGUUAAGCUGAGCAUUUGCGAGUGCUGCCGAAACAAAAGUAUGAUGUUUAAAUGAAUGUUAAACAAUCACCUAAAUAGCUGUAUAUUACAGGACUUUUGUAAGACUGUACACCUGCACUAUUAUAAAAAACCUUGCUAUAUGAAAUAUUUCUUAUAAAUUAACUUUCAUAAUGUUAUUGAAAUCUUUGUUUUCCUACAGUGUAUAGAGUUUGUUAAUGUAUUUAAAAAGCUU